GUAAUUAAUUAAACAGUGUCGCAUAUGCAUUUACAAACACCGCUUUAUCAAGCUCGUUCAUUUAGAAAUCGUCUGCGUUAAUCCACCAUCAAUUCGUAUAAACGAAUGUCGGUGUAGCGCAUCUCAAGAUAAAUCACUUCGCAGCGUUCGAAUUUGUUUUGGCACCCACUCUCACGCACGCACACACGGAUUCAUUUAUAUAAAACUGGUUAUGAGAAUCUCCCGAAGCGCAUAACACUUUCGAUCUAUCGACCGGUGUCCGCCGUCCGAGAGGUAAACAGUGUGCGCCAUGUAACGCGGCCGCGAAGAAGUGUAGGCGAUAUGACUUCAACCGCUGAUUUGGUCACCGAUUCGGUGGCGGACCUCACCGAGAAAAAUGGUCCCGUCAAAAAAACAUUCGGCGAAAUGUCGCUCAGGGAACGAAUCGACUACACAAGGGAAGUGAUCACCAUAGAGCCCAUUAUAGCUGCGUAUGUGAUGGCCUCAUAUCUGUGCGGUCCCGCCCUUUACAACCUCGAGUUCGAGAAGUCCUGCAGAGUAAAUUUGGCCUACAAUGAUACGGUGUGCGAGGCAAUCCUUAGCGGGUACCAUCAAAACUAUACGGGCCAGAACGAACAGAUUCAGAUCCUCAUCGGUGACAUGCACUCAUGGCAGUCUCCUUUGCAAACGAUCAUGCCUCUUAUUUUGGUACUUUUCUUGGGCUCGUUCAGUGAUAGGCACAAAUGGAGGAAGCCCUUCUUGGUCAUACCUCUGAUUGGAGAGCUUUUCGCGGUCGUGGGAGUUAUAUUAUGCGUGGUGUUCAUGAGGUCCUGGCCCUUGGAAGCUCAGGGUAUCCUACAGACUGUAGUGCCGUCAUUUUUUGGCGGACAAACUAUGGUGGUGAUGGCUUGUUUUGCUUACAUAGCUGAUGUAAGCACGGUUGAAAUGAGAACACUUCGUAUAGGCAUCGUCCAAAUAGUGUUAAAUGCGUGUUCACCCUUCGUACAAUCGUUUAGUGGGAAGUUAUUUGAGAUAAUUGGUUACUAUGGAAUUUUACUAAUUGCUGCAGCAUUGUAUGGAUUUGGAAUUCUUUACGGGUUGUUUUGCAUCAAAGAGCCGAGGACUCCGUUGAAAACAGGAGGACCUGGAAUCCUAGUGGACAUUUUUAAUCCUCGACAUGCUGUAGACACCUUUAAUUUAAUGUUGAAGAAAAAACCUGGAAACGAUAGGUUUCGCAUCUUGCUGGUCUUGUUGAUUAUGUUCAUUUACAGUGGAGUUAACGUUGGAGAAUUUAGUGUUUUCUAUUUGUAUGUUCAAAGUGUUUUUAAUUGGACGCCAGUGGAAUUUUCGUACUUUGUAACUAUAAACACUUUAAUUCAUUUAUUUGGUACCGUGGCGGGGGUCUCACUUUUUGCCAAAGUUUUCAAACUCAAUGACCUGACCAUUUUAAUGUUGACUUUCAUUGAUAAAAUCGCCAGUAAUGUGGUCUUCGGAUUGGCUUCUUCCGUCACUAUGCUCUAUGUGGCGGCAUGUGUUAGUGUGAUAACUGGUAUCACGGCGGUCGGAAUUCGGUCACUGGCAACGAAAAUCGUGUCGGAAAAUGACCUGGGAAAGGCGCAGUCUCUUUUUGGAAUUUGCGAGGCAGUUGCACCAGCUAUUGCCACACCUUUGUACAACAAGGGGAUAUAUUUACCGACUUUUGAACUGCUUCCAAGUGCAUUUUUCUAUUUUGGAGCGAUACUCUUCGUAUUAUGUUGCUUAGUCGUACUAGGAAUUUAUUUUGGUGAAAAAAGAAUGCAGCGGAAGGUGAAUCAUGAAUAUCCAACUUUUGAAAAGCCAAUACCAAUGCAAGAUGUACAAAUAACACAUAUGUGAAACGUCAAAUAUUUAAAUAUUAUGGUUAUUAAUUUUACAGACCUAGAGCUGUAUAUUAUGAGUACAACAUGUUUUUAUGUAAAACAAUAAAUAUGAUAUAUUUGUUUGUUAUUAACUAACGCUGAAUUAUUAUAUAUAUUUUGUAUAAAAUAAAGAAUUUUUAAUAUA